AUGUCAGUCUACAACCAUCGACCCAUGGUCCCCACGACCCAAAGCCGCCUCAUUGAACUUCUCGAUGCCGUCAGAGCCGAAUUCGAUCAACUGGCCCAGGAGGCUAUCAUGGUCAAAAAUCAACGAGACGAAUACGAGCUAAAGAUGAACAGCCAAAUACAAGAAAUGAAUCUCUUUCAACAAAACCUUAUGGACAUGGAACGAAUGCAACAAAUGUUAAAGAAACAAUAUGAAGAUGAAAUUGCACGACUGCGUCAACAAUUGGAACAGGUGCAACAUGGUGGUGCUCCUCCACCUGGAAGUUAUGGAGGAUAUCCCGCAGGUGCACCUCCGCCAUCGCAGCCACCAACGGCAGCAGCACCACCUCCACCUCCACCACCUUCCAUGAUGGAAAACAACCAACAUCAUUAUCCUGGUAGUGCUCAUGCUCCUCCUCCUCCACCUAUGCCAUCCGGUACACCUUAUCUCAAUGGUGGUGCACCUCAUCAUCCUGGUAGCACUCCUCCACCUCCUCAAAGUCAAAUGGUGCCUGCAGGCCGAGGCAUGCCUUCUAAGCCGCCACCGCCAGGAGCAGGACCUCUUGGUGGUGGAUCUGGUGCUCCUGCAGCAGGUCUAGCAGAUAUGGAUCCUGAAGCUGUACCAGCCAACAUGAAAGUAGAAGGUCAAGAUUGGUUUGCAUUACUUAAUCCCAAGGUACAACGUCGUUUGAAGGUGGAUCUUUUGCAUACAUUCGAUCAUGGCAGUGUUGUAUGCUGUGUCAAGUUCAGCAGUGAUGGUCGUUUGAUGGCAGCAGGAUGCAACCAAGCUACUUACAUUUAUGAUACAUACACGGCAAGCUGCGUUGCUGUAUUGCAAGAUGAGAAUGCUAGCAGAGAAGGUGAUCUCUACAUUCGAUCGGUGAGCUUUAGUCCUGAUGGAAAGCAUCUUGCCACGGGUGCCGAAGACAAACAAAUCAGAAUUUGGGAUAUCCAAAAGAAGCGUAUUCGCAGAGUGCUUCAAGGACAUGAACAAGACAUUUAUUCCCUCGAGUUUAGUCGUGAUGGCAGCUUUUUAGUUUCCGGCUCGGGUGAUCGCACUGCUAGGAUAUGGGACUGGGAGGAACAACGAUGCACACAUGUCUUGCCAAUUCAAGAGCUUGACCAAAAGGAUCCUGGUGUGACGAGUGUUGCCAUAUCUCCUGAUGGAAGACUUGUUGCUGCUGGUAGCUUGGACAAGGUGGUACGCGUAUGGGAUGCACAAACGGGCAAAUUGCUUGAGCGACUUGAAGGACACAAGGAUAGUGUGUAUUCGGUGGCAUUCAUGCCCAAUGGCAAGACGUUGGUGAGUGGCAGUCUUGACAAGACUUUGCGAAUGUGGCAGCUCGGUACACAGGUGUACGGCGGUGAGCGUAAAAACCCAUGCGUGCAAGUAUUCUCUGGACACAAGGACUUUGUGCUCUCUGUGGCUACAACUCCCGAUGGCAACUGGAUCGUCUCGGGUUCAAAAGAUCGUGGUGUACAAUUCUGGGAUCCUGUUACAGGCCAAACACAAUUCAUGUUGCAAGGACACAAAAACUCAGUGAUUUCGGUGGCAACAAGCCCUAAUGGUAGGCGGCCAAUGUUUGCGACUGGCUCGGGCGACAGUCGUGCAAGAAUUUGGACAUACGAGCCCUUGUAA